AUGAGCCAACCGCACUUCGACGCGCUGCAGGAUGUCAAUGUGAAGAUGGAUGCGUGGGAUUCCGACGACCGCAGCUGUUACACCACUUUCAAGGGUAAUAAGGAUCUCGAUGGGAUGUUCGAGGCCACUCUGAGCAAGAUCCUUUUCUGUCUCUUCUCCACGACAUCCAACGCUCUCCUUGCCAUCAUCAUGAGUUUGUUGACCCUUAACGAUGACAUACUCCAUAUCAUCGCCGACAUGCUUUCCGCCGCGGAAUGCCUCCCUCUCUCGUCGGUAUCUCGCGAUCUGCAUGCAAUCUCACGGCAGUAUGUGUUCGCGUCGAUCACUGUUCGUACCGCGGAACAGCUAGUCAAGAUGCACGACCACCUCAUCCAUAACAUCGACAAUCGCCUGAUCUGGCCUCGGGGAUUGACUAUCUAUGGCCCAGCGGAAAUGGCCCCCGCCGGGGAGGCUUCAGCCGUUAAUGCGCUGGUAGGCAUCCUCGAGCACGCACGGGAGUUGAAGGCUCUGGUACUCUUCAAUUGCGAGGAGGCUAUCUGCUGCAAUACGCUGGUCGGAGAGCAUUUGGCUGCACUGCCGAAUCUCUCGGACGUAGGCCUGUGGGACGUCGGCACAAAAACACUCGAUGUCCUACACAAAAUGGCCAGCAGACCGGAGAGACUCAGAGUAUGUCUGUCGCCGGCGAGGCUCGAACAGGAUCGAUUCUUAACACACAUCGCUCGAACACCCGUGCUUAACAACGUCAAGGAGCUCAUGCUCUAUGGAGUCGAUGGAGUCCCUCCGCUGCAGCUUGUUUUGAGUCUUGCCGGAGCCCAUCCACAGGAAGCCUCCCAGCUCACUGACUGGUUGGCGUACACGCCGUGCGACAUCCUCCGCAAGAACUUCCCGAAGUCCACGCUCGAGCACCUCCCCACGCGCGAGAAGUUCAUCUUCCGGUCGAUCCUCUUCAACAAGAGCACCGCGGACGAGAUGCAGCCCUGCGCGAAUCCCACUCGCCGCAGGCUCACGCACAAUUGCACACGAUGCUCGCGCAAGAGCCGAUCAAGGUCCCCGGCGGCGAGCGCGGCGCACGCCGUCAUAAACCGCCGCGCGCGCGCGAGAUGCACUAGCACCCGUAUACGGAUGAGCGGGAAGGCGAAGGUGACGGUGUUCACCGAGCAGGCGACGCGCAGGUACAACGUCGUCGCGGGCGGCGUCAUGAUCGUCCCACGCAAUUACGGGCACUACAUCGAGUAUAUCGGGGACGAACCCAUCGAGAUGCUUGAGAUCUUCAAGGCGCCGAAGUUUGAGGAGUUAUUGUUGAACCAGUGGCUCCCGGUCACCCCGCCGCACCUCGUUCAAGCGCAUCUGACGACCGUCGAAGAAGGUUUUACGAAGGCUCUCGACAAAGGCCACACUCCGAUUCGUGAUGGUAAUGUACCGAGAGACACGGGGCAUGCCGCGCGGAAGGCCACAGGGAAGCCUUCUGCGAAGCUCUGA